AUGCAAGAACUGGCUAAGCGUGGACAUGAAGUUACUGUGAUAACACCCGAUCCAGCAUACUCUAAGGGUAAAGCUCCUCAAAAUCUCACAGAAAUUGAUGUUCAUGAUAUAUCUUACAAUAUUUGGAAUACAUUUCUCGAAGCUGAAAAAGGCAACUCAGAUGAUCUUGUUGAUCAAGUUAAACUGGGACUAAGAUUAUUAGUAGCAGUAUUUGAAGCUCAAGUGAGUACAUCUGAAGUGCAAAAACUUAUAUUUGAUAAGAAGAAGAAAUUCGAUCUUAUAUUUACAGAAUCUUGUGCCAGACUAGCGUUGAGCUUUUCUUAUUUAUAUGAUGCACCCAUAAUUGAAUUUAGUUCUUUCGCUGGAUUUAUUGGAACGUAUGAAGUUAUGGGAGCUGCUUCACAUCCACUCAUUUAUCCCUAUUCAAUUUUACAAAACUUUUACAACAUGACAAUGUCGGAAAAAAUUUCACAGCUUAAAUUAUAUUAUACAUAUUUAAAUUUCUAUGAUAAACUAGAAGUAAUAGAAAAUAAAUUAUUGAAAAAUCUUUUCGGCCCGUUGACUCCUGAAUUGUCUCAGUUGAAGAAAAAUGUUCACUUGCUGUUUUUGAACGUACAUCCACUCUGGGAUCUUAAUCGUCCUGUUCCUCCUAAUAUUGUAUAUUUAGGAGGGUUACAUCAACAUCAACCAAAGGAAUUACCAAAGGAUUUAAAAUCUUAUCUAGAUUCGUCUAAGAAUGGUGUUAUUUAUAUGAGUUUUGGCACGAAUGUAAAGCCAUCCUUAUUAUCUCCAGAAAAAUUAAAAAUAUUUAUAAAUGUAUUUUCUCAACUACCAUAUGACGUUUUAAUGAAAUGGGAUAAGGACGAGUUAUUGGAUUGUCCUAAAAAUAUAAAAAUUGCUAAAUGGUAUCCACAAUCUGAUUUACUAAAUCAUCCUAAAAUUAAAUUAUUUAUAACGCAAGGUGGCUUACAGUCAACUGAUGAAGCUAUUACUGCGGGAGUGCCUUUAAUUGGAGUACCAAUGCUUGUAGAUCAAUGGUUUAAUACUGAACAGUAUAUUAAGCUUAAUAUAGGGAUUCAGCUUAAUUUUGAAACGCUUACAGAGGGUGAUUUAAAAAGCGCUAUUAUUACUAUCGUUAGCAAUUCCAGCUACCAAGAAAACGUGAGGAACUUGUACAGUAUAAUGCAAGAUCAACCUCUUUCCCCAUUAGAAAGAGCUGUGUGGUGGACAGAAUACGUCUUACGACAUAAAGGCGCCCUACACUUAAAAGCUCAUGGCGCACAUUUGCCCUGGAUAGACUAUUAUGAAUUAAAAUUAGUUUUAAUAUCAUCGGUGUGUGUAAUAUGUCUUUUAAUGAUAUUAGGACUAGCUGCUUAUUUUAUUACCAAGAAUUUGACAAUUUUUAAUGCUAAACUAAAAUUAAAC